AAAUUCACUCAGUCACACUCACAGAGUGUACUUCUCAUUCCGCUGUACACACUCUCAAGGCUCAACCUCUUGAGAUCAUCACCAUUAAAACCCCCAACUCCCCCAAAAUAUAAAACCCUAAUUUGUCAAACAAUUUAUUAGAUUCAUGUGAAUUCACUGCCCAACUUCCACCAAUUCAAUUCAUAAACCUUUAAAACCCAAUUAUAUCUUUCCUUAAACUUUCUCUCUCCAACCCCUUCAAAAACCCUCAUUUUUAGAUCUGAUCAGCAACAAAAAUGGCAACUUUUACUACUUUGAUUGUUUUCUCUUUAACACUGCUGUUCUUCAAUUCCGACAAUUUCAAGCUUACCCAUGCAAAUGAAUUGUGUACCUCUUCAAAUUCUGGGAAUAUGACAAAUGCAAUUGAAGAACAGGGGAUGAAAUUAUACCCAUUGAUUGAUAAAGAUAGAGAGGAGAAGAUGAUGGUGAUGAAUGAAACAAGAAGAAAACUUGGAAGUUUCCAGAUUUGUGCGCCUUGCACUUGUUGUGGAGCUAAAGGUUAUUGCUUACCUUCACCUUGUUGCUAUGCUAUCAAUUGCAACAUACCAAAUAGGCCCUUUGGAUUUUGUUCUUUCACUCCUAAGGUUUGUAAUUGCUUUGGUUGCCAUAUUUAAAACCCCUAAGGGUUAACCCGACUCAAAUCGGAAUUAGUCGGAGUCUAGUAGGCUCCGGAUUAAUUUAUAUAAUUAAAAGAAAAAAAAAAUUACUCCUUAAUUUUGGAGGGUCUAAAUAUGAAUCCUGUUGGAAAGUGUGAAUGGGAAAAAUAUCUGUGUUCUAGCUAUGUCUUUUUUUUAAAAAAAACCAAUUAAUGUUUAUUAUGCUCAUUGUUAUACUGGGACAGCUAUUUCCAGGUAAGGUUUUGCUACUUCUUAUGAUUUUUGUCAGUCUGUCUGAUCAAUUUCUUGGGAAUUGGUGAAAAAAAAUUUGACCCUUAAGAAAGUUAGAUUUUUUUUCUUAAAAAAAAAAAAAAAAAAAAAAAAGUAGCAAAAGUUUGCUUGGAAAAAGCAAUGACCCAAAGAUUUAGCCGUAGAUUAGUUUUAUAUUAGUAGUAAUUGAUUAAGGUGCAUAGUGGAGAUAGUGAUUAAUGUAAUUGUGGAUACAAGUUUAUGAUAUUUGUUUAUGUAUUGUUUCUUAUUACUUUGAUGUUAGAAUCUUUGUAGUGGACUAAAAAGAAGAUUGAUUGUAAUUAUAUAUAGUCCCAUUAGUUGACCUUUA